UCCACCCCCAAAUCGCCUCGACGAGCGGCGCGGCGGCGAGGGCAGGAGAGAGGCGGCGGCGGCGGCGGCGGCGGGGGCGAGAUGAGCGACUCGUUCUGCCCGGACUGCAAGAAGCACACGGAGGUGGCGUUCGACCACUCGGCGGGGGACACAGUGUGCACGGAGUGCGGCCUCGUCCUGGAGGCGCACUCCGUCGACGAGACCUCCGAGUGGCGGACGUUCGCCAACGAGUCCAGCGACAACGACCCCGUCCGUGUCGGCGGCCCGACCAACCCGCUCCUCACCGACGGCGGCCUCUCCACCGUCAUCGCCAAGCCCAACGGCGCCCAGGGGGAGUUCCUCUCCUCCUCCCUCGGCAGGUGGCAGAACCGCGGCUCCAACCCCGACCGCUCCCUCAUCCUCGCCUUCCGCACCAUCGCCAACAUGGCCGACAGGUUAGGUCUUGUGGCUACAAUCAAGGACCGAGCCAAUGAAAUAUAUAAGAAGGUGGAAGAUCUCAAGUCUAUCAGGGGAAGAAAUCAAGAUGCCAUAUUAGCUGCCUGUUUGUAUAUUGCUUGUAGACAAGAGGAUCGGCCUAGAACUGUAAAAGAAAUAUGUUCGGUCGCUAAUGGAGCAACAAAGAAAGAGAUAGGCCGAGCAAAGGAAUUUAUCGUGAAGCAACUGGAAGUUGAAAUGGGUCAAUCUAUGGAGAUGGGAACCAUCCAUGCUGGAGAUUUCCUGAGGCGUUUCUGUUCAACUCUUGGGAUGAACAAUCAAGCUGUUAAAGCAGCCCAGGAAGCAGUUCAGCGUUCAGAGGAACUUGAUAUAAGGAGGAGUCCUAUUUCCAUUGCGGCUGCUGUCAUUUACAUGAUAACCCAACUCUCAGAUGAUAAGAAGCCUCUGAAAGACAUAUCCUUGGCUACUGGUGUGGCAGAAGGUACCAUCAGAAAUUCAUACAAGGAUCUGUAUCCCUAUGCUUCAAGGCUCAUCCCAAACACCUAUGCCAAGGAGGAAGACCUGAAGAAUCUGUGCACACCAUAGGAAAUUUUUUUCUUUUCUUUUUUGUCACAUAACAUGGAAAUUAGAUUUGCCAGAGAGGAGUAAUGUUGUCCUUGGAUGUGAGUUUUACUGGCCCAUGUAUCACUGCACCUAAUUUUAUGUGCAUGGACCUGUUAGAACAAAGUUAUCUCGAAUCGAAGCUAAGUUAUAUGCAAAGCUUAUUUAGGAAUGGCAAAAUUUCAUGCA